CUUAGAUUGGAGUAGAUGACCGACUUGGCGAUGUUGAUUCACUGUAUAGAGACUGCACCGUGCUUCUUUAAGAUUUUUUCGAUUACCUACACUGAUUGCCUUAUCGCUCGAGCCAAAAUUAUGCGGUGAUGGACAAACAGAAAAUGCAUGAUUUGAAUAAAAGAGGAAAAAAAAAAGCAAGUAGUCAGUCCAUCGCCACCGAGGACUCGUAGAACUGCGUCCUGAGUGCAGUUCCAUACGGCCAUCCCCGAUUACGCCUCGCUCUCUCGUGUCCGCUCUCUCCUCUCCCGUCUCGAAAUAGGGCGAGGGUUAGGGUUUUUCUCGAACCGGAUCGUCCCCCAAACCCUCAUUCCCAUACGAUCCCUUGUUCUUCCGGAGAUUAAGAAUGGAGGUUGAGAAGGGCGGCGGCGGCGGGAGCUCGCUGGUCCCAGUCGUGCCGCCGUUCUUGAGCAAGUGCUACGAGAUGGUGGAGGAUCCACAGACAAACGGGACGGUGUCCUGGAGCGAGACCAACAACAGCUUCGUUAUCUGGGACCCCGCAACCUUCUGCCGGGAUCUCCUCCCCAAGUACUUCAAACAUAGCAACCUCUCUAGCUUCGUCCGCCAGCUUAACACCUAUGGUUUUCGAAAGGUCGAUCCUGAUAGAUAUGAGUUUGCAAAUGAGGGAUUCCUGAGGGGACAAAAGGAUUUGCUGAAGACCAUUACAAGGAAGAAGCCUUCCCAUAAUGCUGUUCAGCAGCAUCAGUCUCAAGGGAGAAAUACAUCUGUAAAGGCAUGCGUCGAGGUCGGAAAAUUUGGGCCAAAGGAGGAAAUUGAAAUGCUUAAGAGGGAUAAGAAUGUCCUCAUGCAGGAGCUGGUAAAACUCAGGCAGCAUCAGCAAAACACUGACCAUGAAGUUCGCAUUCUGAGACAACGAAUACAAGGAAUGGAACAGCAUCAGCAACAGAUGAUGUCAUUUUUGGCCAUGGCAGUUAAGAGUCCUGGAUUUGUAGCACAACUAAUGCAGCAGACUGGGAAUAAUAGGUGGACCGAGGCAAAUAAGAAAAGAAGGCUUCCUGCCUUGGAACAGGGUGCUGUAGGAAGUUUCCAGACUUCAUCUGAUGGGCAGAUUAUCAGAUACCAGCCUUUUAUGCCUGAAACAUUGAGGCCAUCUAUGUCAUCAAUGCCGAAUUCUGUUGUGUCACCUAAUUUUCAGCCCAUGUCUAAUGGAGUCAACGAUUUGUCCACAGAUGUGGAUGUCAUGUCACUUGAGGCUAACUCCUCUUUGCCUCCAGGAGGGGAUAUUCCUCUGACAGAAUAUAUUGAACAACUUUUGGCUAGCCCGAUUUCAGAGAAUCAUGGGCAGAUGGAGCCUGAGUCCUUGGAGGUUCCAGAUUUUAUGUUGGAUUUUGUUUUACCAGAGCAGGAAAUUCAGAUGGAAACAUCAAAAAACAUGGUUCUUCCAAGUGAACAGAUGGGAGGGAAUCAUCAAGCGUCUGAGAAAGCUGACAGACACACCAUUUCUGAAUAUGGAAACUAGGUGAUUGGACAAUAUAUUAUAGAGGGAUGGACUGCGCUCAUUUGCUGGCUGAUAAACGUCAUGGUUACCAUGAAAUACUGGUGUAAGGCCAAUUAAGCAAAGCUUUUGACAUGCAUACUAAUUGGAUGGGAUUGGACUUUUUGUUUUUCUUUUUUUGAUGAUCUGGCUUUGACAUACAUACUUAUGAUGGUAAUAUUUAUCAGAGGAUUUUUUUUCCCUUAAAAAGUUUUUAUAUCAUUGCAUGCCCUGGGAGGUCAAUGUGUGUGUAGUAAUCAAGAGCAUACACAUUUUAACCAGUCUUAGGCUUAUCAAGAUUAUAUGCUACAAUAGUACCACUACUAGACUAAUGUAGUUCUAGAAAUCCAGUCCUAAAAAAUCUAGAAUUUUGCUGUAGAUGCACUAAGUCAUUGUCUAGUAUUAUCAAUUUUUUUCCAGUUCUAAAUGUUAUUUGCUGAAACACAGAGAAAAUAAAAUUUCUUAUCAGUAAUUUUGGUGUAUUUAGACAAUAGUAUCAAUAGAUUGUUCUUAUGGGCAGGUUUCAUAAAGCCAACCUCAAACAGGGGGAAUACACCUAUUAAUUAUGGAUUUGGUUAUAUUGUUAGGGGACAUGAUUGUUAAAAGCCAUACCCUGACUUUUUACAUUUUCUUGCCGGUAAUUCUAGGAUUAGGUGGAGUUUGUUUUGUGGCAUCUUUGACCUUUAUUUGGACCUUCCAAGAAUUUUUUAUGUUAUAAUAUGCAUAUGACUUUGCCAAUACAUACAAAUGGGAUGUGGGAUGAAGACAGAGGCUGUUUAGGCGAUAAGAUUGUGGAACUGUUAGAGGGGUACUGUAUAUGGUCAAGGUACAAGUUUUUAAAGGAAAUUUCAAAGUCCAAAAUGCACGAAGUAUGAUGUCUAAAGGGAUGUUUGCUGACGAAUGUGACAAGAUUCCAGCUUGGUCCCUGUUUAGCAUCCUUGUCAUUUCUUGUUUUCUGUUUUUGAAAAUGGAAAGAAAAACAACAUAUGAGGCAUGAAACAUGUUCAAUAAAGACAUUUUUGUUUUUUUUUUCCCAAAACAUUCCUGUUGAAAUAAAUGAAAUCUCUAAACUUUUGGAAGCAAAAUUUCUCUGCUUCCAAAAUUGAAAACAAAAACAAUAGAAUAGGUUACUCCCCGAACCUCCAACUCUACCACCUACGUUGCCAGAACCCCUUCCUUGUCACCACCACUUGCUGCCACCGCAAAUUGGAUCCCUCCAUGCUUUGUUGUCAUUGCUGCUGCUGCCACCAUCACCAUCACCACCAUGACAACCUUCACUACUACUGCUAUACUGCCACCAUUAUGGCCACUACUCACUGCCACAUCCCUCCAACUUGACAAAUGCCCUCCCCAUCUUUCACUACCACCACCGCUACGACCCCCAUUGCCUCCACCAAUGUCAUCAUCACCACUCGUGUAAUGAGUGAAAGCAAAUCUAGUUACCAUACAUAUUUCUAUUUCAAAAUAUUGGAAAAAAAACAAGAGCAAACAGAGGCCCAAAGAAGCAUAUGCACUAUAAUGUAACCUUAAUCAGAACCAACAUGCUUUAUCAUGCUAAUGUGUUUUAUUUUGUUAUAGUUGCCAUUCCAUUCAUUCUAAUCUAUUUCUAUCUCCUUGAUCUCAUUUCUUUUAAAAAAUUCACUAUCGAUUAUUUUCCUGGAUGUUGAUUUUUUGUUUUAAACUCUUAAACUGAAAAUUUUGAAUUACUCGUCAAGGCAAUUUGCAUCUAUGAUAAUCUGCACCUAUAUGUUAGUCUUAUGAUUGGGUGAAAAUACAAUCUACAUUUUAAUGCAUUCUAGUAAGAGAGAAAUUUACUGAUAUGGACUUGAUUGGAUCUGUUAAAUGUAAGGUUAGUAAUGUUUUUGUGAGGCUUUGCAAAAUUGGAGAAAGUUGGAGAAGUCUUUGAGAGUUGGUAAGAGAAUUUAGUAAAAAGGGGUUAACUCAAGAAGGAAAAAUUCUGUCCCAUUAUUAUGUUGCAAGUUAUGAGGAUAAUGCAAUAAAAAAAAGAAAGUUGAGAAAAGAAAAUAUAAUAUUGUAAAAUGGAUGAUGCUGGUGUAUCUUAAAUUGAAGGGGAAAGGGAUAGAAAGAAUCAGGUUUUACAUUCAAGAAGAGUUGGAUAUGAGAUUUUAUGAUAUUGUUAUGCAAGACAAAAAUAUCAUAUAAAUAUUUGGGGGUUUUGGGUUGCAUUAGGUUAUUUUGAAGGUAGGCCUACACUAGACGUGGCCUUAGGAGUUGGAAAUUCAUUCACAGGCCUUCCCAUUAACCUAGUCUAUUGGGUGUCUCAUACCCAGUUUGGUUUUGGGGAUAUAUGGUUCUGGAAGCAUGGAUGAAAGAAAUGAACAAGAAAAAUAAAUUUAGGCAUAUGAUGUAUGCAGGAUUUUCUUUUUUACAGUUAUUGCUUCCAACGACUUUAGUUUUAGAAUUUGGGUCUGCAUGUCUUUGCAUCAGUACUGAGCAGUUAUGCGACACUUUGAGGGGCUGUUGGGUUGUAUGUUAUUCUUUUUUUUUGGGGGGGGUAAACCAGUCGCUCAUGUUGUAUGUUAAUUUUAAAACAGGUAAUAAUGAAACUUAGUUCUCUGCAAAAGCAGGUCUUAUGAAAAAUAAGGGAAGGCCUAUUUCUCAUAAAAUUAAUUUCAGGUUUAUGACCUAACACUUUUGACCAACAGGCUUUUAUGGUUUAUGGUAAACAUCCAUACAAGUGUUUUUGUAAAACUCAUUCAUUUAAGAUUUUGUGUAAACCUGUUUUAGGAAAACUCAUCAACCAAAUGACCCCUAAGGAAGUGUCUUUGUGAUUCUUGUGGGUCCUGUCGGGUGCCUUGGAGAUCGAUAACAAACAUCUGUGCUGCGGAUAUAUAAUGGAGCCAGUGAAUUCAAUCUCCAUUCAAGUCUCCCUUACCCUUACCAAAGACAUAUUUUCUGUGAUGGAAUUAACAACAAAAACAAUCAUAACCUAUUAUAUUUCUUGUUUACAAAUAGUUGGUGAUCAAACAGCUUACUGGUUUUUCCUUAUUUUCUAAAAACAGGAAACUGGCAAUGCAACCAAAUGCACCCCUAAUUAAUUAAUGUGGAAGAUUUAAUGUCGCUCUUUCUCUUUAGGUUUUAAAUAAAACCUAUCCUGAAUCUGAUGUAGUUCUAACAGCUGAUUUGCGAACAUAGAGUGCUAGUUAUCUUCAAUCCAAGUUAUAAGCCUUUUGGAUGGUGAAAGUGUUCCAUCCUCUGUGUAUUUUUGCAACUGAUUGACAUAUCUGGCCCACUUUUUUUAUGUAUUGCAUGUGAUUAUUAUAGAAAAGAAAAGUCAUCUUAUGGGUUCUAGCAAGUGUUGCUAUAGAAGUUGUGGUUUCUAUAGGCUAGGCUAUUGUUCUUGUUGCAAAAGUUUGAUGGAGUACAGGUCAAGAUUAAUUAAAAGAUAUAACAGAUGAGGACAAAUUUAUUUAGGGCUAUGAAGGGUGUUGGUUCCCACGUGUUUGCAUUUAAAAUUGCUAUUUAUGAAGGUUUAUAUAUUUGGUUGUGUAAGGGAAUUAACUGUGGAAGAGCUAUCAGGUGUUGGAGUUUUCUAGUGAUUUAUUUGUUUGGAAAGUAUUUUGGUUUAUUAACCAAUUGUUUUUGCCUCUUCAGACAGCUAGAAGAGUGAUUUACUUAUUUUUCUCUUGUUUGCUGUAAUUUCUAUUUCUCCCUUUAUGUUUGAAGAGGAAUGGUAAUAUAAUUACUGCAUUUCUAUAGUUCUUUUUAGAAAGUUUAAAAAGUUUUUGUGUUCAAAUUGGACAGAUUACGAUAGGACAUAUUUUGAUUUUUUUUGUUUGAGAGAUAUUAGGUUCCCCUCCCUUCAGGAGUUGUAGUUAUCAAAUUUCGAGUCCAGAAGUCAGUUGAACUGUUGCUAAAAGAGAAGCAGGGAUGAGAAGGAUAUAGAUCAAGACUGCCACCUUAUUAACCCCGUGGACAUUUCGAGCCCUUAGAAUGUUUUUGUUUCAUCUAACUGGCCUACCUAAACUGGUCCUUUUUCCAAUAUUUUGUCCUGGUUACAUUCACAACUGAGCUUCUAAAUGCAGCAUAAAUGUUGCAAUUUAACCUGUGGUUGACAUACAGUGAAAACCAUUGUAAUUCAAGUUAUAGUUGCUGAGGAUAGUUGGUGGCAUUCAUUAUGUUUACAAAUGAGUGUAGUUAGUUGCUAUAUUGCCACCUUUAUUGUGUCUUCAGCUAAUACCUUCAGUUGCUAGGUGCCAAGUGGAACAUAAUCAUCAUCUCCUCUCUCUUUGCAAACAGCUCCCAAGUUCUCUCUCAAGUUUAAAAGAGCAUCUGACUUAACUUAUUAAGAACUGCCUUUUUAUUUUACACAACAUUGGUAUCCAUUUUCUUCACUUUGGAAUAUCAGCUUUGGGAAAUAUUUUUAAGAAGAUUGAGUUUGAAAUUAGUGUUUAUAGUCCGCAGGAAGUGUACUGUUUGCUAUGGAAGUGUGCAGCUUUCAUAGCCAUAUUUCAUGGACCAAUGGACCCUACUAGUAUUUUGCUCUUCUCGUUUCCUUCACUGUGAAUCAACUUUUUUUUUUUUUAAUCCAUUUCUUAAUUUCUCUUUCUUGUUUCAGCCAUUUUUGUCCUACAAUGUUGACAUCUAUAUUUUUCUUAACCUAGCUGGAACUUUUAUUUGCCCAAUGUAGAAAACUACUUAUCAAGAUUUUUCACCUUGUGACAAUUUCAUUUCUUAAACAUGGUCCUCAAGCCUUCUUCCUUAUACAUCGGAUCAGCUUUCUUGAGCAAAUUGGGAAUCCAUCAAGUUCUAGGAUCUUUCUAUCAAAUUGGUGCCAGAAUUCUGGCCAAGACAAGAAUGGAAAAAACUAAUCUUGCCAUAAGAGCUAGAAGGAAUAUCCGGCUGUCUGUGGAUUUUAGUUUAUUGGUUAUAGUUGUAUGAUUUAAGCUUGUUCAAACAGAA